AUGUCUGCAACGACCCAUGCGCAUGCGCAUGCACAUGCACCUGCCUUGUUCAGUCUUACGCGGAUAUCUAGCUUCCUAACGUGCCUGCUGGUCGCGCUGGCGUCUGGUACAAACUAUGUGCCAUACGCUCCUCAACUUGGGUCGCGGCUUGGCCUAUCACAUACACAGUUGAAUGUGAUAGGAUUAUCUGGAAAUAUCGGUGUGUACGGCUCAGCUCCGCUAUGGGGCCGUAUUGUCGACACCAGGGGCCCACGCAUGCUCCUCAUUAUGGCAUUCUGUACCUUGAUCAUAGGCUACUCUGGCAUACGUCACUACUAUGAUAGAGGCCUCAUUCAGGGUACCUCGACAUUGAGCACUUUCGAUAUUAGUGUUCUAGUGUUGUUUGGCUUCCUCACCGGGAUCGGUGGCAAUGGGGGCCUGGCAGGUGCCAUGAACUCCACUGCAAAGAGCUGGCCAGACCGGGCACGAGCUACGGCAAAUGGCAUAGUUAUUUCCGGGUUCGGUCUGUCAGCCUUUCUGUUUUCCACCAUGGCUCAUAUAUUCUUCCCUGGCAACACAUCCGACUUCUUAUUGGUGCUCGCCGUCGGCACCUCAAUACCGAUGCUGCUAGGUUUCUUCCUCGUCAGGCCCAUACCACUGCAGCACACGUUCUCCGUGUCGCGUCAAAGCCUGCGUCAUCCAGGCCCCGCGCACGCUCUAGGAUAUGGGGUACUGAACAUUUCUGGACGUGCUCUAUUCGCGAGCGCAGACUUCUGGCUGCUGUUCACAAUCACUGCAUUACUGAGCGGAACGGGACUGAUGUAUAUAAAUAACGUCGGCUCGAUUUCUCAGGCACUGUUCGCAAAAGGCAACCCGAACUACGACGAAGGGAAGGCCGCGCAACUGCAAGCCUCACAGGUUUCCAUCGUGAGCAUCAUGAACUGCUUGGGGCGCGUUAGCAUUGGCAUGCUCGCCGACUUUACUAAGAGCUUCCUCAAACUUCCGCGAUCCUUCUGCCUACCCUUAAUCGCGUGCAUCUUCAUCAUCUCCCAGAUAACGUGUUACUACGUUGAGGAUGUCGGUGCCUUGUGGAAGGCCAGUGCGCUUUUGGGGGCAGCUUAUGGUGCCAUGUUCGGCCUGUUUCCUACCAUCGUGAUAGAAUGGUUCGGACUACCGCACUUCUCGGAAAAUUGGGGGUUCGUCUCGCUGUCGCCCAUGAUUGGAAGCAACAUCUUUUCCAUCGCAUUCGGCCGGAACCUCGACGCUCACGCGCCGCCUUCAUCUCCGUGUUUGGAGGGUCGCACGUGCUAUGCUGACAGCCUAAAGCUAACGAUCGCCGCGUGUUGUGUUGCUCUCGGGCUUGCCGUCUAUUCCGGCUGGCGAGACCGCAGACGGCAGAUGAGAAUAGCUCUCAAAGGGGCCGAGAUCGCCCCCGAGGUGGUGUGGGAGGUGGCGGAAGAAUAG